CUCCAACUGAACUUCGAACUGAACUGAAGUACUGCAGUGCGUGAAGCCACUUCACAGCCACAUGUGGCACAGUCGAAUGCUGCAUCUUGGCGCAACGAUUCCGCCGUUUAUUCAGUUCAUCAACUGAACUGAAGACGACAGUCAUCCAACAUCCAUCCAACCGAUUCUGAUUACUCACUUCAGUUUCUUCGCAACCCCCCCCUUCCAAAGACACCUUACAAAUCCCAGAAGAAAAAUGUCCCCCGUCAACAACAACCAAACAAAAACCGCCCUUGUCACGGGUGCCACCGGCCUCCUAGGCAGACAAGUCGUCCGCGCCUUUCAAGGCUUGAGCGUGCCUACUGAAGUUAGUUCCAAGGCUGGAUGGACGUGGGAAGUCAAGGGAACGGGAUUUUCCAGAGCGGAUGGCGUCAAUGUGCUGAAAGUAGAUUUGGAGAAAGCAGAGGAGGUGGAGAGGGUUUUGGGGGAUGUCAGCCCUCAAGUCCUUGUACAUUGCGCAGCCAACCGCUUCCCUGACAAGGUCGACGCCGAUCCUGAAGGCACCCGUCUGCUCAACGUCGAAGCUACUCGCACUCUCGCCCGGGCUUGUGCUUCCCGUGGUAUCCUCCUGAUCUAUAUCUCUACCGACUACGUCUUCUCUGGAAAGCCAGGCGAGGCACCUUACGAAGCCGAUGCUGCCACAGGCCCCACUAACCUCUACGGCGUUACUAAGCUGGAUGGCGAGAAGGCUGUAAUCGAGGAGUUUUCCAAGGCAAGCAAGGAGGGCUUGGGCGUGGUGAUGAGGGUACCCGUGCUGUAUGGCAAGACGGAGGAGGGCAGGAAUGAAGAGAGUGCGGUCAACGUCCUCUUAGACGCAGUCCUCAAGGCGCAGGAGGGAAAGAAGGUCAAGAUGGACCAUUGGGCGCUGAGGUUCCCUGCUAACACAGAGGACGUGGGUAGAGUUUGUCGGGACGUCGCGGUCAAGUACCUGUCAACCAGCGAAGCCGAGAGGACAUCGCUACCGAGAAUCCUCCAGUUCUCUGGCGAGGAACAGUAUACCAAGUAUGAAAUGUGUCAGCUCUUUGCUGAGAUCUUGGGAGUUCCCGUUGAUAACAUCGAGGCGAACACGGAGGGCAACGACCCCAACGCAAGCGUUCAGCGUCCGUAUGACUGCCACCUCAGCACCAAGGCGCUUAAGGAUUUGGGUAUUGAUGUCUCAACCCAGGACUUUGCUGCCUGGUGGAGGAGAGAACUGAGAGCUUUCCGCCAUUAAGCGACGAUUGGCAGGUUAAAUAUACGAAUACUCUGUGUUACUCGCUAGUAAUGAUGUUGGCCCUCAGAGACUCUUGCUUUUGAUCUUGAUUUUCCAUGCAGCAUGUUGAACGUUGAUCUUUCAGCCAAAGUGUUUUAGUGGGUCGCCAAAUGUUGUCGAAGCUCACCGUCGAAAAGACUGCUUGGCGCCUCUUGUGAAUGUGGGGUAGCGGGUGAAGCAGGGUGGAUGGCAUGUGAAAUGUCGGUGUCGAUUAAUAGGGAAUGUCAAUGAAGUUCGCGCUACCCGAAGCAAAUGAGACAUGACCGCGAUCUAAAUGCGUCAGGUUUCAGGUAGGCAGGUAAGGGAUAAUUGUCAACGCGGUUUGCCUCUCAAUCCUUCGUGUCAGAUAGAGUAGAAAUAAUGUUUGCUGUCCACGUCUUUCGCGACUCGGUGGCCUUCUCCCAGUUCGACUCUUCGGAAGAGAUAAGCGACAGCCAAGGGAACUCAACAAAACGGACGUAAAGCUGACGAGCUGUGAGCGUU